AUGGCUGACAAAACGGCAACAUACACUUCAACAUCCCAACACUCGCCACUUGCUGCUGCACUAGAUACUCCUUAUUUGUUUAAACAACCUUCACCACCGCCAUCACUUGAAUGUGAGAAUCGCCAUCAAAAUGAUUAUUAUGUUUUUCAACAGAGCCAUCAGCAACCAACAACAUUAGGCAAUUUAUAUAAACAUCCAUCAGGCGAAGAAGAAGAGAUAGUAAUACCAACUACGAUGUCUCGUCAAGCGCAUUUUGAUCUUGUUCAUGAUGAGGACGAAGAGGAGGAAGAAAACAAUAAUUAUUUUUUGAAUAAUCAUAUAGAUCUUAUACCAAUUCAACGUGUCGAUUCGCUGGAUGAGCAACAGCUUUAUAUUAAAAAGAAACGAGCAAAAUUUGUUGGCCCAUAUUUAUUUGGCGAUGUUAUUGGGCAAGGUUCAUAUGCAAAAGUUAAAGAAUGCUUGGAUAAACGAAAUUUAUGCCGCCGAGCCGUUAAAAUUAUGCAACGACGACGCUUACGUAAAACACCAGAUGGUGAGAAAAUGGCCUAUACAGAAAUUCGUAUAUUAAAAAAAUUAAAACAUCCAAAUGUCAUACAAUUGUAUGAUUUUAUACGAAAUGAUGAAAAACAAAAACUUUAUCUAUUCAUCGAUCUAUGUGUUCUUUCAUUGCAAGAAAUGCUAGAAGAGCAGGAAAAACGAACAAAACAUCUAACCAAAUCAUUUCCAGCAUGGCAAGCACACGGCUAUUUCACUCAACUCAUCAAUGGUUUAGAAUAUUUACAUACAAAAUCCAUUAUUCACAAUGAUAUUAAACCUGGAAAUUUAUUAAUAACAGUUGAUCAUACAUUGAAAAUUACUGAUUUUGGAACAGCAGAAGAAUUAGAUAUAUUUAGUUUAGAUGAUACGAUUAAACGCAGUCCAGGUACACCUGCUUUUCAAUGUCCAGAAAUCGCUAAUGGCGACGAAACGUAUAACGGUUAUUGUAUUGAUAUUUGGGCAUGUGGUGUGACAUUAUAUAAUUUAGUAACGGGUCUUCUACCAUUUGAAGCUGAUAAUAUUUAUUUAUUAUUUCAAGUGAUUGGUCUAGGAAAAUUUUUAAUUCCCGAUGAUAUUGAACCAAAUUUAGCAAAUUUAAUUAAUGGUCUAUUAUGUGGUGAUAAAAGAAAACGUUUAACUAUAGAACAAAUCAAACAACAUGAAUGGUAUAAACGGCGACCACCCAAAACAUUUGAUUUUAUCCCUUUUCCAGAAAUUGCACUAGAACGUUUUCAAACAUUGACAAUGUACGAUUAUUUAAUUGAUUUACAUCAACCGUUGGAUGAAAUCGAAGGCAGAAGCGAGGAUAAGAAUUUAACUGAAAUUCAACCAAGUUGUGCAGAUAAUAUACACCAAGCAGAAAAUAAUAAUAGUAAAGUAAAAAUAUCAACAUUUCAUAUAAAUCCCGAUGGAGAUAAUAAGAAUGAACAACAAUAUAAUCGAUCACAACAUUCAAAAUUAAACUGUGGAUCAAUACGUUGUACUAGAACAAACCGAACAACAACGUAUAAUAAUAAUGACGAUAUCGUGGAUAAUGAAACAACAAUACCAUCAACAAAAAAACAGACUCGUGAUUAUAAAUUUUGUACUUUAUCAUAA